AUGAGAGCACAUGAAUUGAAAGAACAACAGAAGGAAGCUAAAAAUAUUGAUGAUGAGAACGACACCUGCAAUAAUUCCCACACGCAAGACAAUCAUGAUUCACAAAUCAGCUUAUGCGCUUUGGCGAGAGACAUGAAUUGCAAACAUUUAAAUGUCACGACACAUAAUUUGUUUUUCCAUCGCCAUCAAGCUGAACAAAUUUCCACGACAGUUAUAAAUCGUCAAACAGAUUCGAGAAAAGCAUAA